AUGCUUGAUGCAAGUUUGGACGGGGCAGACUUGAAUAGAUUUGCACCGAGCAAGGAGAUCAAGUAUGACAAGUUUGGUCAUCACGCUGGCGGUGUUUUGCUGAGAACUUGUAUAGGAAGCUUGAUAGUGGUAGAGUUUUUACAGACAUUACUUGUGAUGGCCUUCGGUUGGCUAUUCGUCGAUGGGUAUUCAGAAAUGAUAGUGAGAGACUUAUCAGAAGAGUUGAAGGUGAUGAAGUUGGUGUUCUAG